AUGAUGAAGUCGGGCCUCAACAGGUACUCCAAGACCAUCACGGAGCCCAAGUCUCAGGGAGCCUCCCAGGCUAUGCUCUACGCUACCGAGGGUAUCGACUCCAUCGAGGACCUUGCCAAGCCCAUGGUCGGUGUCGCCUCUGUUUGGUACGAGGGCAACCCCUGUAACCGCCACAUUCUCUACCUUGGCCAGCGUGUCAAGAAGUCGCUCACCCGUGCUGGUGUCACCGGAUACCAGUUCGGUACCGUCGGUGUUUCCGACGGUAUCUCGAUGGGUACCACUGGAAUGUCCUACUCUCUUCAGUCGCGUGACCUGAUUGCCGACUCCGUUGAGACCGCCGCCGGUGGCCACUGGCUCGACGGUAUGGUCGUUCUCCCCGGAUGCGACAAGAACAUGCCUGGAACUCUCAUGGCUCUCGGCCGUCUGAACCGCCCCGGUCUCAUGGUUUACGGUGGAACUAUCCGUCCCGGCCACUGCGGUGGUGGUGACACCGGCAAGCCCCUCGAGACCCUCGACAUCGUUUCCGCCUUCCAGGCUUACGGCCGCUACCUCCAGGAGGGUGAGACCGAGGAGGCUGAGGCCACCCGUGCCCAGACCAUCCGUCACGCUUGCCCCGGCCCCGGUGCCUGCGGUGGUAUGUACACCGCCAACACCAUGGCUUCGGCCACUGAGGCUCUCGGUAUGGCCCUCCCCGGCUCCUCCUCGUACCCCGCCGAGUACCCCGAGAAGCUCGCUGAGUGCGACUCUGUCGGUGACGCCAUGGUCAACCUCCUCGAGAAGAACAUCCUUCCCCGCGACAUCAUGACCCGCGCCGCCUUCGAGAACGCCAUGGUUCUCACUAUGGCCCUUGGUGGUUCGACCAACGCCGUCCUCCACCUGCUCGCCAUCGCCCGCUCUGUUGGCGUCGAGCUCACCAUUGACGACUUCCAGAGCGUCUCGGACCGCGUUCCCUUCCUCGCCGACCUCAAGCCCUCGGGCAAGUACGUCAUGGAGGACGUUUACGCUAUCGGUGGUACUCCUUCCGUCAUGCACUACCUCAUCAAGGAGGGCCUCAUGGACGGCAGCCCCAUGACCGUCACCGGCAAGACCCUCGGCGAGAACUGCGCCGAGUGGUUCGAGAAGAACUCCCACAAGUGGGAGGGACAGGACGUCAUCCGCCCCAUCUCCAACCCUAUCAAGGAGACCGGUCACAUCCGUAUCCUCCGCGGAAACCUCGCCCCUGGCGGUGCCGUCGCCAAGAUCACCGGAAAGGAGGGUCUCACCUUCACCGGCAAGGCCCGUGUCUUCGACAAGGAGGACGAUUUCGUCAAGGCCAUCGAGAGCAAGUCGAUCAAGAAGGGCGAGAAGACCGUUGUCGUUCUCCGUUACCUCGGCCCCAAGGGUGGCCCCGGUAUGCCUGAGAUGCUCAAGCCCACCUCGCUCAUCAUGGGUGCUGGUCUCGGCUACGACGUCGCCUGUCUCACUGACGGCCGUUUCUCUGGUGGUUCGCACGGCUUCGUUAUCGGCCACGUCGUCCCCGAGGCCCAGGUCGGUGGACCCAUCGCCCUCAUCCAGGACGGCGAUGUCGUCAACAUCGACGCCGAGGCCAACACCAUCAACAUGGAGGUCUCGGACGAGGAGCUCGCUCGCCGUAAGGAGAAGUGGGUCGCCCCUCCCCUCAAGGUCAACAAGGGCACCCUCCUCAAGUACGCCAAGCUCGUCACGGACGCUUCGCAGGGCUGUGUCACCGACAUCCCUUAA